UGUUGACGGGGGAAGUGCAACAAUGACACGUAGGAACUAAGUAACUAAGUACAAGAAACAUGAUUUUAUCGAAAUGCAGGUCAACAGACCAAAAGGAGUUAAGAACCUAUAAGAGUAUGAAGAUACUUCUCACUUUUGUGACAUUUUUAUUGCCAGGUGUAGUCAGCAUGAAGACUGAUGUCACAGGAGUAUCUGGGGAGAACAUUACGAUAACCUGUUCUAUGGGCUACAAAUCAGAUCUUGUCAAAUACUUCUGUCAAGGACCUUGUACAUCUAAUCAAGAUGUUCUAAUAAAAAGCAGCCGUGGGAAUUGGAAUUUAAGGAAAUACAGAAUAGUAGACUACAAAAAUUACUUCGAAGUUACAAUCUUUAAUCUAACAGAGAAGGAUGCUGGUUUUUACGAUUGUGGAUGGGAAAGAAACAAUUGGGUGGAUGGCUCCAGACGUGUUUUCCUCACUGUUAAUCAAGUGAACACACUGGUCCCGCCAAAAACCACUGAUGAACAAUUGGACCCAAUGCUGUAUGGAUCUGCAGUGAUAAUUUCAGUUGCUUUAGUAUUUGUAUUUUUCAGUACACUCAUUUUGCUAUUGGCUAAGAAACGCCAGCGGGUCAUCCAACAACAGACUGGAGAGCAGAUAUCACCUGACUACGAGAACGUGAUACCGGCUGUUACGAGUGAGGGUCACUCUGAGAGCUCAAGUCCAGAGAGUAUCGCUCUGUCGGAUACACCAAAAGACAUCAGUGACUACCACGACUUAGAAUGUAGUAAAAUGGAGGACCAUUUCUAUCAUAGCAUACAUGGGUAGAAAAUUAUGGAGCAGAAAAAUCAAGCCCCUGAUGACUGUUCAGUCUCCAGGUGUUGGGAAGUUGAAGCAAAUACAAGUUCGAAUUAAAUUGUAAAAUCAUCCGCCACUGACAUUUGUUUGCAGUUUCUGGAGAAAUUGCGUGGGAAUACAUUACUCAGCUGGUAAACUUCUGUUGAUAAUGAUGAGACAAUUAUUUAGAUACCUAUUAUAUAUUUGCUUUUAACAAUGAUUGUAAUUGUUACAAUGAAGUCAAGUUGUUGAUGAUUGAUUGCAAUAAAGAGAUGUUUGAGUGAUUGAUAGCCAGAAAAUAUAGACAUGUUUUCCUCUCGAUAAAACUGCCUUGUCAUUUUCACUGGUUCAAAUUGACCUUCAUUCCACAGGUCAGCCUUGAGACAAGCUGAAGACAUUAACAAAUAGAACUGCCACAUUUAAUCUGUUCCCAAAUGCAAAUUGCUUCACACAUGAACUAAUUCCACCUACAUGCAAACACAUAGCAAAACAAGCUCAAGGGGUGUCGCCAGCUUGCUUCCCCAAUUUCCUCAUAGGGCAAGACACCCAUGUGUUGCUAGGGCCAUCCCGAAUAAAAAGAAAGGAGACGGAAGGCCUAGGUUGGAACGA